GGAGAAAUGAAGAAGCUGAUAAGUGAGCUAUCUCUCGGGCGGGACGCCGCCGCGCAACUUCAGGUGAUUCUGAACGGGCCGCCGCCGCCCCGUUCUGAUCAAGAAACUUGCGAGCAGCUGGUUCAGAAUGUCCUGUCUUCCUACGAAAAGGUGCUCGCCAUGCUUAAUUCCGAAUCUUCGACGGCGAACACUACUCGGACGGCGGUCCCACCAUCUCCGGCAGGGGCCACAUUUGGGAUUGUAUCUUCUUCUUCCCUUUCCGGCAGUCCCCACAGUGAAGAUUCCGACCGGGAUGGCGACGGGUCUCGCAAGAAAAGGAAAGCUCCUCGUUGGACGCAAAAAGUUAAGGUUUGCAAGGGAUCAGAGCUUGAAGGAAAUGUUGAUGACGGCUAUAGUUGGAGAAAAUAUGGGCAGAAAGAAAUCCAUGGAACCAGAUAUCCAAGAGCUUAUUUCAGAUGUGCCCAUAGACACACCCAAGGUUGUUUGGCAACCAAACAUGUCCAAAGAUCGGAUGAGGACCCGAACAUUUUCGACAUUACUUUCCGUGGAAAGCACGCUUGCAAGCAGUUCCAACCCGGUAGCGGCAGCCCGCCACCGCCACCGCCGCUGCUAAUCCCACCGCAAAAUCAAGAACCAAUAAUCUCACCAAUGGAAAGCCA